GCAGCCUCUGGGCGGGCGCGCGCUCGCGGCAGCCGGACGCUCCCCUAGUUCGCGAGACUGGCGUGCGCUGCCCCGCGGCCCCGAGCGCGCGCCUCUCCGACUACAGCUUCCCCCGCCAGGCUUGCUAUGGCUCCCGACCCGGUGCCGACCCCUGUCCCGGCCUCCGCCCAGCUCCGCCAAACGCGCUACUUUACUUGGGAGGAGGUGGCGCAGCGCACCGGGCGGGAGGAGCGAUGGAUCGUGAUCGACCGGAAGGUGUACAACAUCAGCGACUUCAUCCGCCGCCACCCAGGGGGCUCCCGGGUCAUCAGUCACUACGCGGGUCAGGAUGCCACGGAUCCUUUUGUGGCAUUCCACAUCAACAAGGGCCUUGUGAAAAAGUAUAUGACCUCUCUCCUGAUUGGAGAGCUGGCUCCGGAACAACCCAGCUUUGAACCCACCAAGAAUAAAGCGCUAAUUGAUGAAUUCCGGGAGCUGCGGGCCACGGUGGAGCGAAUGGGCCUCAUGAAGGCCAACCACCUCUUCUUCCUGCUCUACGUGCUCCACAUCUUGCUGCUGGAUGUGGCUGCCUGGCUCACUCUUCGGAUCUUCGGAACUUCCUUGGUGCCCUUCAUCCUUUGUGCAGUGCUGCUCAGUACGGUUCAGGCCCAGGCAGGUUGGCUCCAGCAUGACUUUGGGCACCUGUCAGUCUUCAGCACCUCAACAUGGAAUCACCUGAUGCAUCAUUUUGUGAUUGGCCACCUGAAGGGGGCCCCCGCCAGCUGGUGGAACCACAUGCACUUCCAGCACCAUGCGAAGCCCAACUGCUUCCGCAAAGACCCUGACAUCAGCAUGCACCCCUUCUUCUUCGCCUUGGGGAAGGUCCUUUCUGUGGAGCUUGGGAAACAAAAGAAGAAGCACAUGCCAUACAACCAUCAGCACAAGUACUUCUUCCUGAUCGGACCCCCAGCCCUGUUGCCUCUCUACUUCCAGUGGUAUAUUUUCUAUUUUGUUUUUCAGCGGAAGAAAUGGGUGGACUUGGCCUGGAUGCUCAGUUUCUAUGUCCGUGUCUUCCUCACGUACAUGCCCCUGCUGGGGCUGAAAGGCUUCCUGGGUCUUUUCUUCAUUGUCAGGUUCCUGGAAAGCCACUGGUUUGUGUGGGUGACCCAGAUGAAUCAUAUCCCCAUGCACAUCGAUCACGACCGGAACAAGGACUGGGUCUCCACCCAGCUGCAGGCAACCUGCAACGUUCACCAGUCAGCCUUCAACAACUGGUUCAGUGGCCACCUCAAUUUCCAGAUUGAACACCACCUCUUCCCCAGCAUGCCACGACACAACUACCACAAAGUGGCACCCCUAGUACAAUCCCUGUGCGCCAAGUACGGCCUCAAGUACGAGUCCAAGCCCCUGUUCACAGCCUUCGCGGACAUUGUCUACUCACUGAAGGAGUCAGGGCAGCUCUGGUUGGAUGCGUACCUUCACCAAUAGCAGCAGCAGACCUCCAUGUGGAGGAGCAAGAGGACAACGGGAGCCCAGUCAGGAGGUGGAGGGACAGUGCCACUAUGAGUCUCAUGUUUAAAAGGUUAGGGACAUAGAUAUUUGUACUCACAUCUGCCUGCCUUUACCUUCCAGGUACCAAACCUGAGAGAGAGGAGGACUGUUGGGGCAGGGAUGUAAAACUGUUGUUUCUUCUACUUUGGCGGGGACAAGUGGUGGCACCUACAGAGUCCUGCAUGAAGUAGGGACCCCAUACUAGAUAUUCCCUCUUGUAAACUAUAAGCCCAUCUUACUGGGCUAUGUGACUCUUCACCCUCCUUGUUAGUCUCUGAGGAACAGUAUGACCCCCUUUGAAAAAGAUUUAGAAAGAAGGCAUUCAUGCACAGAAUUCUGAGGCCUGGCACAGCUCCCUUGCCCGGGAGCUCAACUUGCUGCUGAGCUGGGUGUGACCACGUCUGCCGCCCGCUGCUGGAAGAUGUUUUUCAGUUUCAGAAGCAGGCAGGGCAGAGGCCAGGACUGUGGUUUGGGAGGCAUUUGGCCCUGGAAGAUCCUGGCACACGUAAUUCUUGAGUCUCAUUCCAUCCAGGCUGCAGAGAGAACAUUAGAUCUUAGCUCUUGACAAAAUGGAUGGCAGAUACUGACCUUUAGAAUUCUGUUGAUUCAUCUCUUCUAAUCAGUCCCCGAGGACUACGUAAACACAGAAUGAGGUCCUUCCUCCUCCUGAACAAGAAAGACUCAUAGUUUCCUUUUGCUCCCCAGCCUGUGAUUCUAAGUUCAACAAAAUAGUCAUCAACAAAAGUGACUGAGGCUUUCAUCAGAGUGCCAGGGCUCUGUGCACUCCCAGAAUCCCUGUCCCCUGUGUCAUGUUCCAGCAUUGUAUAGUAUGGUUCUAUGUCCCAAACAGGAAGGUUAGAAACACCGAGGUCUGUGAACGUCACUGCUGCAGCGAGGCAGCUCCUCUGUCUACUCAUUCAAGCGUCUUAUUCUACUGGAUGUCAGAUAGAAAUUUAGGGUAACUUCUGAUGAAGCAUGUUGGUCUAACAAUAAAAUAGGAUUUUGUAA